GGAGCGGGGGGCUCGUCUGAUUAAGGGGCCCUGAACCAAGAAGCAGCGGAGUUUGAGAAGCCAGCAGUUCGGGGUUCGGCGGCAGCGGCCCCAUCGGCCGAAGUUGGGGGGGGUGGGGCGCCGAGCGCGCGGGGUGGGGGGGGUCCUGGUCUUUGGCUUCUCGACUCGGUCCUGUUUCGACAGCGAACAUGUCUCGGCCUGUCAGAAAUAGAAAGGUCGUUGAUUAUUCCCAGUUUCAGGAAUCUGAUGAUGCUGAUGAAGAUUAUGGAAGAGAUUCAGGCCCUCCAGCUAAGAAAAUUCGGUCAUCUCCUCGAGAAGCUAAAAAUAAGAGGCGAUCUGGAAAGAACUCACAGGAGGAUAGUGAGGACUCCGAAGAAAAAGAUGUGAAAACCAAGAAGGAUGAUUCUCACUCAGCAGAGGACAGCGAAGAUGAAAAAGAAGAUCAUAAAAAUGUGCGCCAGCAGCGGCAGGCAGCCUCUAAGGCAGCUUCUAAACAGAGAGAGAUGCUCAUGGAAGAUGUGGGCAGUGAAGAAGAGCAAGAGGAGGAGGAUGAGGCACCAUUCCAGGAGAAAGAUUCCGGCAGCGAUGAAGACUUCCUAAUGGAAGACGAUGAUGAUAGUGACUAUGGCAGUUCAAAAAAGAAAAACAAAAAGAUGGUUAAGAAGUCCAAACCUGAGAGAAAAGAAAAGAAAAUGCCCAAGCCCAGGCUAAAGGCCACAGUGACGCCAAGCCCUGUGAAAGGCAAAGGGAAGGUGGGUCGCCCCACAGCUUCAAAGGCAUCAAAGGAAAAGACUCCUUCUCCCAAAGAAGAAGACGAGGAACCAGAAAGCCCUCCAGAAAAGAAGCCCUCUGCAAGUCCUCCACCUGAGAAAUCAGGGGACGAAGGGUCUGAAGAUGAAGCCCAGUCUGGGGAGGAUUAAAAAGUGAUGAUGGUUUGGGGAGAGAUUUUAUUAAAAAAAGAAAAAAAAAAGAAAAAAGAAAAAGGGGGAAAAAAAAGAAAACCUACUUAAGAUAGAACAUGGUUUUGGUUAUGGCUUGACUCAUGGGCUUUCGAUGCUUUUUUUCCUUUUCUUGAAAAUAACAUUUGCUCUUUUUUUUUUUUUUUAAGAAAACCAUUGUAAGUUUAAUUUACCUUUUUGUCUAUUGGUCCUCUCUUUGCCAUCACCCCUCUUUCCCACCCCUUCCCAAUGAAAGCCAUGUCAAAGUAAUCACUGGAUUGACUGCUUCACCUUUUUAUUUUUAAUGGAAGGAAUACCACAGUUGUAAAGCAAUAAGAUUUGAGAUGAACACUAUGGAAAUUUUGCUUUUUGCUAAAUGAUAGCAAGUUGAACCGUAAUCAAACGUAGAAGGGUGUUAGUUAAAAAUGAUUGCUUCUUUCUCUACCUGGACUUAAAAAAAUCAGUUGUCAUCUAAUACAAGUUUAUAUGUGUAUAUACAUAAGUAUAGAUGUCUAAAAAAAUCAUGAUGUUAAACUUCCACUGAUGGGGCAGGUAGGACAUAAAGAUGAAUUCUGAAUUGUUACUACAAGUAUUCAUGUUUUUUACCUUGGGGGCAAGGCAGGGAAUGGUGUUACCUGACCUUGUUUGAGGGUGUGGUUUUUUUUUGUUUGUUUCUUUGUUUCUUUGUUGUUGUUGUUUUUUAAUUUCAUCACUUGUUAUCUCAAAGAGACCCGGAGCCAGUGAUCCUUUUAUCCUGCUACAGUCUUUCAGGAACUUUAAAAGAACAACAAAAAAAAAAAGGCAAGGGCCGCCAAAACUUAAAUCACUCUUGAUUUCCUAUUUCAUUCUCUAAUGGUUCAUGUUUUUAAAUAUAUAUGUAUCUAUUCUGUUUCUUGGAUAAAAUUUUACCAAGGAUCAAAAAAGAAAAAAAGAACCUUAGAAUUUAAAUGGCAAGAUCUAUACACCAGAGUGGAUUUCUUCUUAACUGACAAUGUUUAGGUUUUAAGCAAAUAAAGUACCAAUUAAUGUGAAACUCAAUCACAAAGACUUGAGAUUUUUCCUUUAUGAAAAUAGAAAAUUGAAAUUCUUUUAUGCCAAAAAUGUGCAUUCAGAUCCCAUGAACCAUGCUCUGUUUUUAUUUGGGGAUAGAACAUUUGUCUUUUCACAUACCUAUCUUCCCAUUUCUUUGUAGACACAUGAAGUGCAUCUCUCGGCUUCCUGCUCCUGCCCAGGAUACCACUGCAUACCCCAUCCCCAGAGCCUGCAAGUUGUGCUCUAAGACAUGAUUUCUCCUGGCUCUCUUCUUCACUUCACAUUCUGUGCUUGACUGGGAGUAUGGUAAAUGCUGCUCCCACACCGUUCAGUUUGCUUUUGUCUUUCUCCCGGUGCCCCUGCUUACUGCUCACGUUGCUUAAAGCCGAAGUUUCAGAGGCUCAGGGCUAGGGAGACCAUGUGGUUAGGAGCCCAUAUGCCACCGAGAACAGACUUUCCAUGCCUUAUGAAAGUAGUCAGGAGAUCGUUCUGUAGGUUUGAUCCUCCACAUCCUGAUACCAUGAGCUCAUGGGAGCAAGGGUUAGGGGUCUUAGUGUGCUAAUAAGUUGAAAAAAAAAAUAGUGAAAUUUAACCUCUGCCUUUAUGUAGGUGUGCUGCUUCAAUAUCUUACGCAGUUUUCUUUCUGUCUUUUAAGUUAGCGCAUGUUUUUCUCUCAGACAACAUGGCUUUCUUGCAGAUGUUCCUAGGACAAAAGGUUAUUUAAGGAAUGUUUUUACUCUGAUUUUUAAGACACUUUAAAGACUAUCCUUACUCUGAAUUUUUAAAAUAACAUCCAGUGGCAGAGUCAUUUCACUGUUGUGCGCGGCGCGUGUUAGAGAAUGAAUUUGGAGAUUUUAGUACUUGGCCAAAAAUGCAAAACUUGAACGUAAGUUGCAGUUGGGUUAUUACCUUUCAUGAUGGUUAACUUUAGAAUAGUGAACUUUGUAAGAGGGUGAUAAAGAUUAUUCUGUUUGCUUUAGUGGGUUUGUUCGGGUAUCCAAUUUUAACAAGAAGGUUCGUGUUCAUCUAGUAAAAGACUUCUCAGUGUUUCCACCAUGCACUUCUGUUUUUAGGGGUUUAUAAGUCCUACAUUCCUAGUAACAUUUGGACUUUUCUUAGAUUAUGUUUCGUGAAGAUGGGGGGGGGUCUUUUAAAACUUUAGCCUCAGUAUUUUAUGUAACACGGUCUCUUUAAUAUAUUAAUCUGCACUAACAUCUCUGUGAUAUACGCUCAUUCUUUAGAGGUAAUCCUGUCUUCUAGGUGACUUGUGUGCAUUUGGUUGCGAUCCCUCUUUUAAAAAUUAAUUCAUGAGAUUGAAAAAUGUCUUAUAUAUUUCUAAUGGACUAGACAAAAGGAUUUGUGUCCCCAGAUGAGACAGGCUCUGAAAGACCUUUGUUUUCUCCACUUUUUAUUGAUGAUUUAAGACACUCUAGCCUUCCCCUCAAAUCAUGCAUGCAUAUAGCAGGACAGCUGUGGUGUCUCAACUGGAAAUCGGUGCUCCAUAGUCAGGCUCUGUAGCGACGUCAGGACCAGGCUACAAGCUAGAAGCUGACAGUGGCCUUUGGCACCACCGUUGACUCGAUCCCAUUUUUCCCCCUAACGUGCCUGUGGCGAAGGGGCAAGAGCGUCGUUCACGGUCUUGUUUGCAGUGCUCAGGAAGUGAGACAUUCACUCGGAAGGUGCUUGUUUGUGGUACCUGAUUUCUCUUAGCUCUGUUAGGUUUACCUCUGGAACAUGGAUCUCGGCAGCUAAUGCUGACUGACACUACAUUCUGGUUCUUACGAUGCUGUAUUUCCAGACUUCCCUCCCCAACGUCCACAGCUAGAAAUGGGUAGCUUGCAUCUUCUUAAAUCUGUAACUUCCUGCUGCUUUUAGCCCUCCCCACCUCAGAUGGAGUCCCAGGAGCGGCCCACAGGGUACACGUUAAUUUCAGUGACAGGAGGUUUGUCCUGCUUUCUGAAGCAUCUCUCCCUUUCAUAGCCCCACUCCCUGUGGAGUCCAUGAAGGGAAAUUAAGGGGUGUGCCCUCCUUUAGGGAGGUAACAGUGUUUCCUCUGGAAGAAGAACAGUUGAUUUCCCAGGAAGGAGCUUGCAUACUGUUUUUUUUCCCCCACAGUAACUGGUUUGCCUCCAUUUCAAUCCUCAGUUCAUACUUAUCCUUGGCACUUGUUGAAAGAGCAUUUUCUUUUAGGUAAUGAAUCAAGAGUGGACUUUGAGGUUAUAAUCCAGUAAAGGUUGACACUCGUGGAUAUGGUCAGCUAGACUGAACUAGAUGCUUUUUUUUUUCUUUAAACGUUUCUUCUUUUAUCCAUGAACAUACAAGUAACAAGUGGAUUUUAGAGAACUGGUUGGGAGAAAGAGGUGCUUUUCUUUAAACCAGUUUAGGAGAUGCUUUGAGAGUAGUAGUAAGGCAAGGGCAGAAUUUACCAGGAGCAACAGGGAAAGCUUUAUAAAAGAUCAUGUGGCCAUUGUUGCUGUUCCGAAGAGUGGGGGUUUAGAUUUGACGAGUUCUUUCUGUUCCUGCAUCACCCGUAGCUGCACUGUGAAGAAACUAUCACCUUAGGAGUUUGGAAAGGACAAAACCUGGGCUCUGCUCUUUAAUGGCAUUCAGACAGAUACUUAAGCAGAACAAGUAAUAAACAUUUCCUGCCGCGGGAUAGGGAAAAUAUAACAAGCUGUUUGCUCUUGGGGUCAGAAAAUUGUCUUUUCUCUGUGCAUAGAGCUGGGUUUAUUGGAAAAGGGACUUAGUUUGAAUAUUGGGACAUCAAGCUAUCUAUAGCCAAGUUUCCAUCUGCAACCCAUUUUCCCUUCAUCUUGGGAUAAACUUGAUACAAAAUGACUCUUUGAAUCCCAAAUCCCUAAAUUACACUUUUUUUCGAAGCCUAAUUCACAAAAUUCACAGUGGUGCUGACUGUGUAUUAACCACUAUUGGGAAAAGUCCCAUAAACCUGCCUGUUGCCAUGCCAAUGGAGGGACUGAGCUGGUGACAUCUGUCUGAGCAUGCUUUGUCUGGCUGGUGGAAUGCCACCAUUGUGCAUACACUUUGUACAUCAGGGGUGAAGGGAGGGUUUUCUAGAUUUAUGGGGGGAGGGUAAAAUUGGGAUUUUUUUUUUUUUGGUUGUUCCUUUUUCAAUGGGGUGUAGGGGUAUAGUACUCAGCUUAUGCCCUGAAUACCAUGUAUAAAACCCCCCGAAGUAUUGUGUGGGUGUGUGUGUGAGUGUGUGUUUGUAUAUGUCUGGCAAGUAAACUUUUGUCUUCGGGAAAUUAGUGACUUCUUCUUUUCCUCCAGAAGUAUUUGUUACAAGAUUUGUAAAUAAGAGCUCUAAGUAGAGUUUGUUUACCAUGAACAUGUUGCAGCAAACCUUAUACACCUAAUUCCUGCAAGAUUUAAGGAAAGACUUGAAGACUUGCCAGGUUAAGCAGCAGCCAAGUUCUCAGUAAUUGUUUGCCUUGAUUCAUCUUUCAGACUUUGUUUUUGCCAGCUCUAAAACUCCCAGUCUUCCUUGAUUUUAGUUCUUAAUCUAUGUUCUGAGCAGGAAGGAUUAUAGAGAGGAACCUGUUUAAAUGUAUUUAAUUAGUCCAUGGGCUGAGACGGGGGGCAUCCCUUUCUUACUACUACAGUGUUGCUAGAUACAUGAUCAGACACCAGGCGGUUGAGCAUCCUUGCCAUACCACCACGGUGCUGACUUCUGCAGCGUGGUACUAAGGAAGUUAAAGUUUGAAUGUAACCACUUUAUUUAAAAGAUUUCUUUUUUAAUUUAAAUGAAAUGAGGUUGAAGUGAACAUGAUUUUGUUGACCAUGUUCGUGAAUUAUAGAUGCAACAUGCGUUGGUAGACUUGUGUGAUGGUCUUUUGUGAUACUUAAUUUUUACAUAUCCCAGUCUCUGUAUGUAUCUGCAUAGACAAAGAAAAAACAAACUCCUGCUUUCUUUUACUGAAGGGUCUCCAGGACUGCGUGUCUGCUCCUGAGCUCUGUUUUGAGUAUGUGUAUCCUUUGCUUGUAUUUUGUAUUAAAAAAAAUAAGAAAAAGAACCCUUUAUUGUUGAGCAUGUUGGCAUUGUCCCCCUUUAUUUUUUUCUCUUUUUGGGACAUAUGAAGCAAGUUAUUCUUUUUCUGUAUCUUUUUUUCUUUUGUAAACUUUUUGUUUUGUUUUGUUUAAAAAUGGCUUUAUAAAAGGGCUUUUAUAACCCA